AUGUUUCCGUCCUGUUACUCCAAACCGGCGGAGAGCGGGGGGAAGGGGAGCUCGGCUGCUAAGGUGCUGCUGGGGGUGUUUGUGGUGUACAUGCUGCACACCGCCUGGCUGCUGUACGGCUUCCUCAACACCAAACCCUGCGACCGAGGCAGAGGAGAGAUCUGCAUCUCCUCCUACCUGACAGCCAGACCCAGACUGCAGCUAAGUGUCUUCACCUGCCUCAUACCAGACAACAGCCAACUCAACCUUGUGUUGAAAGUAGACCCCUUUGACCCACACUCAAUGUUUCAAAGUCAGGUGAAUGUCUCUCUGCCAGAGAAGACUCGAGAUAAUGGCACUCUGUAUGCAGUCGCUUAUGUUCACAAAGCCGGUGUUUCCCCUCUGGAAGACAGGAGAGAAGUCCACUACGCAGCCCAGCUCACUACCUACAUCAUCCCCCCUCGCACUGACGCCCAAAAGAACACACCCACGCAGCCUGGAUCUGAGACUCCUGUGUCGCACUGGAGACCGCACUUGUCAAUUACUAUGAUGUCAGAGGAGUUUAGCUUCAAUAAGGCGGGGCUUCCGAGUGACGUGCGCCGCUACAUGAGAGUGUCUCAGGAGGGUAGACAGAUGAUUUACCUCCCUUUGCUGUUGGUAAAUGAGCUCAGCUUCAGAGUCAAAGACCUCAUGGAGAUCAACAGCAGCACCGUGCAGCUCCCUCUGACCAUCUCCUAUGAGGGACUCUCUCUGAGAAGAUUCAGGUUUUGGGUCCAUCUGCAUGAUAUAGUCUAUUCCCUUCGACAGUUUGGCUUCGCUGAGGAAAAUAUAGAUGAAAUCAAAGAAACUCUUGUUGGCUCCAACCUGUACCUGUUAGUGCUGACUGCACUCAUCACAGCCCUCCAGCUCAUUUGUGAAUUUCUGGCCCUUAAAAACGAUGUCGGCACUUGGCUGAAAAAGAAGAACAUGAUGGGAAUGUCUAGGAAGUCGGUUCUGUGGCGUUGUCUCAGUACUUUGCUGAUUUUCCUUCAUCUGCUGGAGGAAACCAGCCUGCUGGUGCUUCUUCCUGUUGGCCUGGGAGCAUGUGUGGAGGUAUGGAAGGUGAGCAAGGUGUUUAAAAUCCAGUUCAGCAAGAAGCUUCUAAUAAACAAGCUAGAUGAAGAGGAACGCAAGACAGUGGAGUACGAUACUCAGGCAUCCAGAUACUUGUCCUACUUGGUGUAUCCUCUCUGUAUAAGUGGAGCUGUUUUUUCACUGGCCUACUUACGCCAAAAGAGUUACUACUCCUGGUUGAUCAACACUCUGGUAACCGGUGUGUAUGCAUUUGGUUUCCUGUCUAUGGCCCCUCAGCUCUUCAUCAACCACAAGAUUAAAUCUGUUAGUCACCUGCAGGGGACUGUGUUGAUGUAUAGAGGUGUGAACACGCUGAUCUCAGAUGUGUGCUCCACUGCCUCCUUUUUCUCCCCUUCGUUAUCCUUCUCAUCCUCUCAUCAACUCUCCUGCUUCAGAGAUGAGAUCCUCUUCUUUCUGUACCUCUACCAGCGCAGGUCCAAUAAUUUAAACUCAUUACUCCUCAAUCACACACAGCAUCAAGAGAGUGCUAAAGAGCCAAGAGAUAAGAUGGGAAAGGCAAACAGUGCAAAACAUGCACACAUCUUUGAUUCAGGCUUUCACUGUGGCAUUAUGUUGAAUUUAUGUGGCUUUAUCUAA